AUGGCCAGCAUUCGCACCUCAUCUAACCUCGUGGAGUCUACGAUAGCUGACCUUGUCGAAGUUGCUCCCGUCCUCUGCUUCCUGAUGGUCAACUUUCAGCCGUCUACCGAUACCCUUGAUGUGGCAACUCUGCUUCAGCAUCACGAACUCACACUUGACCGUCUCUUUGCUAGAAAUGGACAACGAGCGACCAUAGUUAUCCCGCGUAUUCUGCACGGAAUAGUUCCAGCCCGGCAGCAACCGGAAGCCACGACAGCAUCUCGAUGGAUUAACAGCACUUCUGGGAAGGAAAGUCUGGUUUCAGUGCGUCACGCCGUCGAUUAUGUCUACUACAUUGACGGAGGUAGCCGGAUCCCAAGCAGUCAACAAAACAAUAUUGGAACGCGCCUAGACAACGACCCAACCCAGGCGCCCCUUCCUAUGACGCGAGAUGAUGUUGAUGAUUCGGCGGAAAACGACGACCUCGAUGCCAUCCUACAAGCUAUCCAGUCCAGUAAUAGUAGCCGACCAGCUGCACCUGGGCCACGAUCGAUCGCUAUUGACGAUUCGGUUCCAAACGCCCAGCAAGAGACGAUCAAUCAGGAAGUUGAACCAGCUUCCCACUCAAAGUUCUAG